GCUGGGCCGCCUCGGGCCGCCUUGGUUCUCGCCCGUCGACUGAACUGGAUUUGCUACUCUUGGUUAUCGGAUGCAUUAUUCUGCAUUGGGAAACCAGUUGGCGUUCCCGGGACAUAAUUGAGGUGUAGCGAGGGCCGGAUAGGCAGGGCCGAGGCGGGCGCAGAGCUGGAUCAGCCCGGGCGGCGGGUGUUCGGGUCGGGAGCGGUACGCGGGUCGAGCGGCUGAACAGCUACCGCAGUGCGGGGCGUGGCCGUGCGGCUGCUCCGCCAAUAGGGCGCCGGUGGUGGCGGGAGCCAGGAGAGCUGGCCACCGCCGCCGCAGUCACUGUCCGGCCACCGCGGUGAUCGCACCCGCCAUGACGCUCGACCCCCGGCCCCCAGUGCCCUCGUCGCCUCCGCCGCCCACUGCCUCUGUCAUGGCUGAGCCCCGCCCCGGCCCCCCUCCUCCCUCCCCGCCUCCCCAGCGCCCUCCGCCGCCCACACUUCCGGUGUCUUCGCUGGCCGCGGCGUCGGCGCUGUCGAUGGUGCCGCGGGCGUCCGCCUUCACGGCCGUGUUCCCCUCCGUGGGGCGCGCGCCGCUGCCUGACCUUGCGGCGCUCAACCUGGCGGCCUUCGAGUCCUACUUGGCACUCUCCGGGCUCUCUCGCCUCACGCAACCGCGCCCGUCCGACGCCCUCGCCUCCUCCAACAAGAAGUUCGACUUCUCGCGCCUGGCGGAGAGCGUGUCCGAGGGCGAGAAACGCCCCAGUGGCGCCACACCUCCGCCGCCUCCCCAACCUGGCGCAGGUGGCGCCGCUCAUGUCCUCCGUCAGAUCGCUUCCGCUCCUCGCCGACACGUACCCUCUGCUCCUCAACCCUCUCUAUCAGUCCAUGCUGGCCCCUCCCCUGGGGUACCGGCGGGCGACCGGGGGGAGAGGGCGGGCGCCCAGACCAAAAAAGCAGUUCAUCUGCAAGUACUGCAACCGCCACUUCACCAAGAGCUACAACCUCCUGAUCCACGAGCGCACGCACACCGACGAGCGGCCCUACACCUGCGACAUCUGCGGGAAGGCCUUCCGGCGCCAAGAUCAUCUGCGAGACCACAGGUACAUCCACAGCAAGGAGAAGCCGUUCAAGUGCAGCGAGUGCGGCAAGGGCUUCUGCCAGAGCCGCACGCUCGCCGUGCACCGCAUCCUGCACAUGGAAGAGUCGCCGCACAAGUGUCCUACCUGCGGCAGAAGCUUCAACCAAAGGAGCAACCUGAAGACGCACCUCCUGACGCACACAGACAUCAAGCCCUACACGUGUCCCCAGUGCGACAAGGUCUUCCGUCGGAACUGUGACCUGAGACGCCACGCCCUCACGCACAACCUCACGUCUCCGCUCGACCUCGACCUGGGCUCACUCCCUGGAGAUGCCGUCGCCCCCGGCUGUGUCGGUGCUCUCGCCGGCGGUCGUGGCAGGCGCUGCCGGCGAUGACGAGGCGGAGCGGGACGGCGCCCUCGCGGCCCCGAGGACCUACAGCAGCAGUAGCGACGAGGAGGAGAUAGCGAGGGCUGGCAAGCGGUCCAAGAGCAACCCGUCGAGCCCCCCCACGUUGCUCGGGAGGUUCCGGUCGGAGGCGCAGAAGGAGCCCCUGAACCUCGGGGCGUCGAGCUCGGCCUCCCUCGCCUCCUUCAGUAUAGCCUCCAUCAUGGGUGGAGCCGACUAAGCACUGGAAGGAAGAGAAUAUUAAUGUUAUUGUAGAAGAUUAACUAUCUAAUUCCGAAUUCUUUAUAAGAAUAUUGACCGCUUGCGUAUGUCACACGGACGGUGGGCGAGACGCGGCGUUAGAUAACUCUGUAAUAUAGCGAAGGAAUGGGCGUGGCAGAGGGCGUGGCCAGAACGAACCGAGUGAGGACCCUACAUGCCAGGAGACGCGUCCCGGCUCCAACAUCUAGUCAUUUCACGGUAAGACGACAACCUGGAAUAGCGUUGUGCUGGUGACGAGAUGAGGCUGGCGACGAGCAGGCGCUGGCGAGGAGGACGUGUGAGGGAUGGAGACAGAGCGAUGGACCUAAAUGAUCGAAGGGCAUAUCACGUAGAGUGUGCAAGGGUCAACCAGGCCCGAAAAACGGAAGAAAUCGCCACGGUUUCAGAGAAUGCAGAGAAAAGGACGGAGUGCGCUCUCCAUCCUCCCAUCCAACGCGCUCGAUAGGUGGCGAAGGCAGUCUUGUCCCGAAAACGAGACGUAAGCCAUCCGCGAGAAACGCGCUUGUAUAAUCUCACCAAAUAUCUACAUAAGACAGUUUGGAUACUUGUUCACAUAUGACCUCAUUUUCUACGUGCUUUGUAAUGCACACGACACGGAAGAC